AUGGUUACUCUAAGUCGCUCGGUUCUUCCGGUCCUAACGAUUUCUCAACUAUUGUGCGCCGCUCCAAUCCCUAUCCGAUUCCUCAGCCCAAACUCGUCCUAUGACCGUUUACGGAUCACCGCAGGUGCCUUCUUUCAGCUCAUUUUAGCGGGAGUUCUUCUAGUAUUCGCCUGUUUAUCCGUUUGGUACAAACGAACCCACCGAAUGACCGGACCUCAGAUGGCCUUCUUCACGUACGUUCUGUACCACGUGGACCUGCUGCUGGGAACGUUCAACUGUGCGCUGAUCUUCGCGGUUUGCCAGUGGAAGAGAUCGAGUUAUGAGCUGAUUUUGGAGAGGAUGCAAUGGAUUAUGGAUUUGUCCAAAGAAGCUAAACUGCUCACCGGAGGUAAUGAUGUUGGCUGGUUAUGGGCUCGAUUCAACUGGAUACUAGCGAUAUCCGGGAUCUACCUAGCUGCAGUGAUAACAAUUGAUUGGUUCUACCACCAAGACCCGAUUCAAUUGGCCUGGAAUAUUGGAGCAACCUUCGGCCCAAGCCUGGUUCAACUGCUGGCGUUGUUCCAGUACGCGUACGUGCUCGUGUUUACCCACCGGAAGUGCAAGGCCAUCAACGAGGAGUUGCGGACCAUGGCUCGGGACGUACUUCGGUCCGAGUUGGCCAGCUAUGCCGGCAGGUUUCCACCGUUGAGACAGCUUCACCAGCAGUUGCAUCGACUCGCGUUUCGAGUGCAGGGUCCGUUUGGGGUGCUCGUCAUGAUGUCCAUCGUGUCGAUACUGUCGGCGGCUUGCGUGACCUGUUUGGAGGUGUAUCAGCAAAGUCGUGGCAAAGAGUUUACCGCUCAAACUGGACUGUACGUGACUUUUGGGCUACUCUGGGUGCUGUUUCAGGUGGGACGACUUUUGCUGAUUUUGUACCCAAAUUAUCUGAUGGAGAGCGAGAGGGACCAUACGGGAAUGCUGCUGCAGAACCUACCACACAUCGAGGACGCCGAUUUCAACCGAGAAGUGCACACAACAAACAUUCCCCCAGCACCGUCAGGGGGGGUUAAUUGGGACACCAUCAGAGACUAACUAGAAAGUCAAAUCCCAUCCUGUCCCCAUUCACCCCGC